AUGGCCCUCAUCGGCGGCUGGCUGCCCGUCGUCUUCGCCAUCACGCCGUCCAUCAUCCGAGCCUUCGGCGUCGGCCCGCCGGAGCGCGAGCUGCCCGCCACGGCGUGGUACACGGGCCGCGACUCCGUCACCCCCAUCUACGAGCUGCUCUCCGUGCUGCAGUACUUCAGCAUGCAGUACUCGCACUUCGCCGCCAUGUGCAUCGACCUCUUCUUCGCGUGCCUCAUCAUCCACGUUGCUGCCCAGUUGGAAGUCCUCAACGUCAGGAUCACCCAAAUUCGGGAGGACAUCUACCGUAACGGACAUGUAAGUGAGUCACCAGCAGGCACCAGGGAUGAGGGAACAGAGGAAGAUUCCGCAUGGAGAGAACUGUGUGAGUGCGUGGAGCACCACAAAGACGUCAUAAAGUUAGUAGGCGACUUGGAGGGCUUAGCAAAUAUUGUUAUUCUUUCCCAAUUCAUGGGAGCCACAAUUAUCAUCUGUGUGACAUUAUUCGUAAUUACAGCCAGCAAACAACACUUCGCUGCCCUGGUGAAACUAGACGGGUACCUUGUGGUGGUCGUGUACGAAAUAUUCAUGUACUGCUGGUUCGGUGACGAUAUUAUGUACCAGAACUCCCGGCUGGUGAAUUCUGUGUACAUGUGCGGGUGGCCAGGCGCUCCACAGAAGAUGCAGAAGGCUCUCAUAAUUAUUCUGCUGCGAGCUCAGAGGCCCCUUGGGGUCACGGCUGGAAAAUUCUACCACGUUUCACGCAGGGCAUUUGUGAGCCUGUUGAAGGCGUCCUACUCUUACUACGCGCUGCUCAACCAGAUGAACAAAUGA